GAUGCUGCUGUCGCUGCCCGCGCUCCGCCGUGCCCUGUUGGCUCGCCCCUGGAGGGCGGCCGGGCUAUGUUGGAAGCACAUUUCGUCCUUGGAGGUGGCCAAUGAGCCGGUCUUGACAUUCACGCAGGGCAGCCCCGAGCGAGAUGCGCUGCGGAAGGCCUUGAAGGAGCUGAAGGGCCGGACGGAAGCCAUCCCAUGUGUGGUGGGGGACGAGGAGGUGUGGACCUCGGACGUGCGGUACCAGGUGUCGCCCUUUAACCAUGGACAUAAGGUGGCCAAGUUCUGCUAUGCAGACAAGGCCCUGCUCCACAGAGCCAUCGAGGCUGCCUUGGCUGCCAGGAAAGAGUGGGACCUGAAGCCUGUGGCAGACCGGGCCCAGGUCUUCCUGAAGGCAGCAGAUAUGCUGAGUGGGCCGCGCAGGGCGGAGAUCCUGGCCAAGACCAUGGUGGGACAGGGGAAGACGGUGAUCCAAGCGGAGAUCGACGCCGCAGCCGAACUCAUCGACUUCUUCCGAUUCAACGCCAAGUUUGCGGUGGAGCUGGAAGGGCAGCAGCCGAUCAGUGUGCCGCCCAGCACCAACAGCGUGGUGUACCGGGGGCUGGAGGGCUUCGUAGCGGCCAUAUCGCCCUUUAACUUCACUGCGAUCGGCGGCAACCUGGCGGGGGCGCCGGCCUUGAUGGGCAAUGUGGUCCUGUGGAAGCCCAGUGACACUGCCAUGCUGGCCAGCUACGCCGUCUACCGCGUUCUCCGGGAGGCUGGUCUGCCCCCCAACAUCAUUCAGUUUGUACCAGCUGAUGGGCCCACGUUUGGGGACACCGUCACCAGCUCAGAGCACCUGUGUGGCAUCAACUUCACUGGCAGCGUGCCCACCUUCAAACACCUGUGGAAGCAGGUGGCCCAGAACCUGGACCACUUCCGCACCUUCCCACGUCUGGCCGGAGAGUGUGGCGGGAAGAACUUCCACUUCGUUCAUCGAUCGGCCGACGUGGACAGCGUGGUGAGCGGGACCCUGCGCUCAGCCUUCGAGUACGGCGGCCAGAAGUGCUCGGCCUGCUCCCGCCUCUACGUGCCCGGCUCACUGUGGCCGCAGAUCAAAGGGCGGCUGCUGGAGGAGCACGGCAGGAUCAAAGUGGGCGACCCUGCGGAGGAUUUUGGGACCUUCUUCUCCGCCGUGAUUGAUGCUAAGUCCUUUGGCCGCAUCAGGAAGUGGCUGGAGCAUGCCCGCUCCUCCCCCAGCCUCACCAUCCUGGCUGGGGGCCAGUGUGAUGACUCCGUGGGGUACUUCGUGGAGCCCUGCAUCAUCGAGAGCAAGGACCCCCAGGAACCCAUCAUGAAGGAGGAGAUCUUCGGGCCUCUGCUGACGGUGUACGUCUACCCUGAUGACAAGUACAAAGAGACCCUGCGGCUGGUCGACAGCACUACCAGCUAUGGCCUCGGGGCAGUGUUUGCCCAGGAUAAGGAUGUUGUCCGGGAGGCCACAGAGAUGCUGAGGAAUGCUGCUGGCAACUUCUACAUCAAUGACAAGUCCACGGGGUCGGUGGUGGGCCAGCAGCCCUUUGGGGGGGCCCGAGCCUCAGGGACCAACGACAAGCCCGGGGGACCCCACUAUGUCCUGCGGUGGACAUCACCCCAGGUCAUCAAGGAGACUCACAAGCCGCUGGGGGAUUGGCGCUACCCAUACAUGCAGUGAGCACGUCGCUCGGCGCCUCUGUGGUCCACCUAUCUGUCCGUCCAGAUGACUGAUCUCAGUGCACUGAUCCCACCCCCCGAGCCCUCUACCCGGGUCCCCACAGGACGACCCUCUUUCUAGGGCAAGGCCUGACCCCCGGCCCCUCUGUCCUGCUCCACCCCUCAAAGUCUAAUUUGAGAUCAUGCUGUGAGGAGGAACAGGGCUGCCACCCCAACCCCAUCAGGUGUCCUAGGAAUUCCAUCUGGUUGGUGUGACCGUGGUGUCCGGCUGGUUCUCCGUCUGUCCCUUUCUUCUUCACACUGGCCCCGUGGCUCUGGGACCUGGGGAGGGGCAGUGGAGUUGCUUGCGGAUCCGUGGAGGAAAAGGAGGCAGCUCUGGGCCCCCUGACAAACCUCACCACCCACAGUGGCCUUGGCCCUGGCUGCUCUGCGCCUCGGGAUUGGGCAUGGGCAGGGUGACCCUCAGGGCGAGCUGUGGCUGCAGGGUGUCAGGACACCCACUGGCCUUGCGCUCUCUGGUCCGGGCCACCCACUUCCUCACUAGCUCUUUGUCCAGAUGCACCUAUGCCCGCUGGGUACCUGUGCCCAACCAAAAGCCUUAGAUGCUGUGUGCCUUCCCCCAGAGUGCCUGUGCUCGCCUGAGGCCCACAGAUUCCUGGCCAUCUCCAUGUGGUGGGGCUGGGGGCGGCUACCAGUCACCUGCUCGUGGGGCGUGCUGGGCCUUCCCGUUUGGGCUGUGAGCUUGAUAUCCUUGUUGGGCGGGCCCUUCCUGCUGCUUCCCUUAACUCUGGGUCCCGCUUCUAGAGAGAGCCACUCUCAGAGCCCCAGUUGCCCUGGGAUUUCCUGCAGGAGCUCAGCGCCCACUGGCCAUGGUCGAUCAUAGAUGUUGCUCCCAUUUCUCAUUUAGCCCUGACAUUCUACAGAAUGUUCUGUAGAAUCAUCCCUCCUUUGCGUGUUAGUGGCUCUGUGUGGACUGGCCCCUAAGAGGCCUGUUCUGUGAUGCAGCCAAUACAUGCUGGGUGGAUUCUGGGUGGCCAGGGGGCUGGAGGGGGUGACUUUGGAGGACAGUUUCUAGGGGGCCCUGAAAGAGCUAUGCCCUCCUCAAGCCGGGCUGCAUGGGGCCCCCAUGGGGCUGGGGUGGCCAUUCCCCAAGUGCAUGGUUUCACACCGUGGCCCAAGGUCAGGGGUGGGUCCUGAUGCUGCCCGGCUUGUUUCCCACGAGAUGCCAGGUCAGGAGGGGGCUUCUACACUGGUUCUGGUUCUACACUGAAGUGGCAAUGGGAUUUGCCCUGAUGCCACCUAAUAAAGUGCCUGUUACUUAA